AUGUCUGCAAUGUUUACCAUUACCACCAGUACAAUGUGUUCAGUAUAUAAUACCACCAGUACCUCGUGUUCAGUAUAGAAUACCACCAGUACCACGUGUUCAGUAUAUAAUACCACCAGUACCACGUGUUCAUUAUAUAAUACCACCAGUACCACGUGUUCAAAUACCACCAGUACCACGUGUUCAGUGUGUAAUACCUCCAGUACCACGUGUUCAGUAUAUAGUACCUCCAGUACCACGUGUUCAGUAUAUAACACCACCAGUACCACGUGUUCAGAAGCUCUGCAAACUGCAGACAUCAUGAGUUUGUUGAAACUUGAUUGA